AUGAAUUUCGAAUUACCGGCAGAUCUGAAAGCUCAUCUAGAAUCCAUAGAUUCUUUUGUUCACUCGGUAAUUCUGCCGUUGCAGCGCGCGAAUGACAAUAACCGCUUCUUCGAUCACCGUCGUGAGUAUGCACGGACAGACUGGGAAAAUAAUGGGAACCCACGGAAGGAAUGGGAAGCCUUAUUGACUCAGGCGCGCACUUUGGCUGAUGCUUCUGGUUUCUACCGAUUUGCCCUCCCUCGGGUUUACGGGGGACAGUCACACCCAGAUGUGAACUUGUGGAUGGCGUCCAUUCGAUAUCACUUGAGCUCACACGCUGUCUACGGCGGGGCACUAGGACUCGCCAACGAUUUACAAAAUGAGCACAGAGCAACGAGAUACUCUGAUUCCUGCGCGUCUGCGGGGGAAUUCCGAACAACGUUUGGCCUGACGGAGCCCGACCACGGGAGCGAUGCAACUUAUAUGUCCACUACAGCUCAUCAAACGGAUGGAGGAUUUGAGAUCACAGGGGCCAAGAAGUGGCAGACAGGGGCGCACCAUUGUACACACUUCCUCAUCUUCGCACGGACCUCUAGCCAAGCAGGGUCAGCAAAGGGUAUCACUGCGUUCUUAGUACCUCGUGAGACCUCAGGCGUACGCAUUGCUAGCUAUGAGUGGACGCUGAAUAUGCCCACCGAUCACGCGACGGUGGAACUGGAUAAGGUAUGGGUGCCUCGAUCGGCGGUCUUGGGGUCGGUCGACCAGGGUUUAGCCAUCGUGCAGACAUUUGUGCAUGAAAACAGAAUUCGUCAAGCAGCCAGCUCCUGUGGGGCCGCACGAUACUGCCUCGAUCGAAGCAUCGAGCGGGCCCGCGCACGGAAGAUAUGGGGCGAAGGCAAGAUGCUGGCUGAUAACCAAGCUAUCCAGUUUCCGGUUGUGGAAUUGAUGACACAAGUGGAGAUGCUGCGAUUGUUUAUCUUCAAGACAAGCUGGGAGAUGGACCGGAUUGUGGCGGAGUGCCAGUCGUCUGACCCCCAGCGCCCGCCGUGGAUUGAGAUUGAACGCCGUCUCUCCGACCAGGUGGCCAUGUGUAAUUUCUGGGCGAAUCGACUAUGUUGUGAAGCUGCCGAUCGAGCGAUUCAGAUUCACGGAGGUGACGGAUACUCUCGCCACUACCCUUUUGAACACAUAUAUCGCCAUUUUCGUCGUUACCGGAUCACAGAAGGUGCAGAAGAGAUUCAAAUGCGCAAGAUUGGAGCGUACAUCUUUGGAUUUGCAGGCCCAAAGAAGAAGAUCAUGGAGGGUGCUGAGCGUGCGAAGGCCAAAAUUUGA